AUGAAUAGAUCCGUUUGGACUGUUAUAACAUGUAUAAUGUUAUUAGUUAUUAUAUGUAAUUCUAAUACAAUGAAAGCUGCUCCAGUUAAUAACUCAACCAAUGGUACACAAGCACCAGCUAAAACCACUCCUAAAGCUCCAGCACCUACUACCGCCAAACCUCAACAACAUCCAACAUCGAAACCUGCAGGUCCUCCUGCUAAAAAUGAGCCACCCAGUCCUGCUAAAGCUCCAGCAACUGCUACUAAGAGACCACAUGAUGAACGUGGUGUGAUGGCUGCAGCGACUGCUCCUAUCAUACUUGGACUUGUUGGGCAAGUAAUUGGUUAUAUAAUGCAAUACAUAGCUAGUUAAGCCUCAGGCUUCUUAACAUUCAAAUACUGAAUAUUACUUCUUAAGGAGAGUAUUAUUUUACAAGUUCAUUGAAAUAUAGAAAUUAAAAGCAUGUUUAACUUUCUCAUCUAAAAUAACUAACAUUUUGUUUGUUGUUAAAUAAACUUAAUCGAACUAUA